AAAAGAAGAAAAUGGGGAUAGUUCUUUGGACUAUGGUUUAUUCUCUCUCUCCCUCUCUCAUUUUCUUGCUCACUGAUUAUCUUAGGCUAAUCCUUUCUUUAAGAUAUUCUCUAAUCAGAUUUUGCUAAAUUAGCCACCCACAAAACCUGAAACCGCUUUUCUUUUCCUAGUCUUGCAGGAAGAUUCCAGGCAAGCCAAAGCAGAUGUCAAGUCAAGACCGCACCUUUUUCUUCUCUCUUCCUUGAUGUUUUACACAAAUUAACAAAUAUUGAUUUGAGGUGGUUUAGGGUUCUGCAGAUAAUAUAUAUAUAUACACACACACAUGUAUGAUGGUGCUGCAAAGAGAGAAAAGAAGAGAAGAUAAACAAGAAACAAAACCAAAGAGUGGGGAGAGGCAAUAAUUAGGAACUGGACCAGUAUGCAGGCUAUGGGAGAGUUAACUAACAUGACCUUGUCGGUUGUCUAGCAAGACUAUUUCAUGGGAUUGGAAGGGGUGCUAGGAAACACAACUCUCCAAGGCAUCUUUGUUCUCUUUACACACUCUCUUCUCACAUAAAAUUAAAAUAUUAAGAUCUUUUGAUCUCUCUACAUCUAUCACUCCCUCUUAUGAAUGAAGUUCACUUCUAGUGGUGCAAUUACAGCUUUCUUACUUCAAGUUUAUACUUCUUAAUUUAUCAAGGUAAGUCUUGGUUAUUUAGUGAUUUUAUAGGGGCCCAAUUUAUUUACUACUCUACUAGACUAGACAGUCCCUUUUUUUCCCCCUUCUGUUUGAGUUUCAAAAUCCCUUUACUUUGUUUUCUUGUAGGGUUUUUCUUAUAUUAAUCUCUUCUUAAGUCAUCUAAUCAUAAGUAUAUCCACUGCUCCAUCACUUGCUUACGUCUUUAGGAAUACGAGUUGAAAUUAGUGAAAUGGGUUGGUGAGUUUUGCACCCAUUAACGUCAAAAUCGGAAUAAGAGAGCAGAGAGUAAUAAUCUUAUUCAGUUGCUACCUAGUGAUUGGCUCUUCCAUCAUGUUUGUUUCUUUGGAUUGGAUGGGCUAGCUGAAUUAGGGUUGGAAAUUAUCACAGGAAGAUCCAUGGUGAUUUUGAGAUCGAUCGGCUGGAAGCUAAUUAGAUGCAGUGCUUCAAGAAGAUAUGUGUUAAGGCAGCUUAAGAUCAAGAUUUGAGUCCAGGGUUUAGAUAGCAAUUAAGUUACAUGGAACUAAGAGGCCAAGAGAAGGAAACAGUGAUGCCAAGAUCCUUCAAUCCACCAAAUAAUAGAGAUUCCUCCUCUAGAAUCCCUUCUGCUCCUACAAGAAGAGAUCAUCGUCACACUGAUACAGUAUUGCCUCAUACCCUUGACCUCGAGCACCAAUCUCUUUAUCAGCAGCAGCAGCAGCAGCAGCAGCAGAAGCAAUUGAAUCCGCAACACCAAGCUUGCAAACCCACAAGAGAUCUUGACCUAACUCCAGAUCCAACACAAGCUACAACCCCCGUGGCAACUACAAGUGCAACCAACACAGCACCAACUCCAAGUAGAUCAAUUUCGAGAUCACCACCACCACCACCAACAUCAGCAUCAUCGGCAUCAAUAAGAUAUCGAGAAUGUUUGAAGAAUCAUGCGGCGAGCAUGGGAGGACACGUUUUGGACGGAUGUGGAGAAUUCAUGCCUGGCGGUGAGGAGGGUACCCCAGAAACCUUCAAAUGUGCAGCUUGUGAAUGUCACAGGAGUUUUCACAGAAGAGAGAUUGACGGAGCGCCACAAUGUGUAGCCAAUAGCACUUGCUACAAAAACAGCAAUGGCAAAAGAAACAUACUACCGUUUCCUCAACAACUUGUCACUUCACAUGCUCCACCACAAUCAGCUUCUCUUCAUCCGCAUCAGAGAUACCAUCAUGGCACAUUGAGUACUUACACCACUCCAAUUGCGCCGAUGAUGAUGAGCUUUGGCGGCGGCGGGGCUGCAGCGGAAUCAUCAAGUGAAGAUCUUAAUAUGUAUCAAUCAGAUUUGCAAGGGCAGUCGUCGGCGCAGCCAUUGAUAUCGAAAAAGAGGUUUAGGACAAGGUUCAGCGAAGAACAGAAGGACAAGAUGAUGGAAUUUGCUGAGAAGUUGGGAUGGAGGAUACAAAAGCAAGAUGAGCAAGAGGUGCAGCAGUUUUGCUCCCAAGUGGGUGUAAAGAGAAAAGUUUUCAAAGUUUGGAUGCACAACAAUAAACAAUCCAUGAAGAAGAAGCAAACGUAAGAGAAAUCAAACCCUUAUAAAUUAAUACUGUUAUUGUUAUCUGGAGAUGAAGGUAGAUGUAGCUAGCCAAUAAUUAGAUUAGUGUGAAUAACCAAAUAGAGAGGAGAAGAUAGAUUAGCACUCACUGCUAUUUUUUUUUCUCAAGUUCCAAGUAAUGUUGUUUAUUAACAUGAACUUGAGCUCUUCUUUAGACAAUCGGAUCAGUGAUCACCAAUACCUUGAAAAAGAUUUGGCAGCCAAAGCAUGUCAUUUUCGAAGUACAGAAUAAAUAUUUCAAGUUGUUUCUUUGCCA